AUGUCUUUAAAAGACGAGUUUCCAAUCAGGUUGGAUCAAAUCCGUUUGGUCACAGUCUGUCCGCCAUCCGAUUAUCAAGACGACCCUGUUCGUUGCAACCUCGAAGUACUGGACCUUGCGCAUGAGACUCAGAAUAUGCAGUACACCGCCCUGUCAUAUACCUGGGGAGCACCUGCGGAAUACGGGCAAUUCAGCACCAUGACCAGUGAGCUCAAAUGCCCCAUCAUUCGCCAAGGGACAGUGGUUCGCGUGGCUGAAAAUCUGGCACAUUUUCUCAACCGUGUGCAGCAUACUCCAUCUCUACUGGAGAAGAAAUUCUGGAUAGACUCCAUUUGCAUCGAUCAAGAGAAUGACGAAGAGCGGGCGCAUCAGGUCAAGUUGAUGAGCCACAUCUACAGCUCAGCCAAUGGGGUUGUCACGUGGAUGGGCGAAGAAGAUGAGUAUACUGGGACGGCAUUUAAAGCUUUGAAAAGAAUCCAUGAGCUGAUUCUCGAUGGUACCAUGGAUGAAAGCCCGGCAUAUCUACGUCGCGGUGAGAACCGGCUAGGGCUGGAUGUGUCGGAUGGAGAAGCAUGGCGCAGUGUUGGAAAGUUCUUCCAAAGGUGCUACUUUAACCGGUCUUGGACGAUCCAGGAGGUUAUCCUCGGAAAGGAAAUCGAGGUAAUUUGUGGCGGGGAGAAAAUGAACUGGGAGGUGCUGAUCACAUCAUCCCGGUUCUUCUCCCAGACAGGAUGGAAAGGAUUUCUGGAUAACUUGUCCGUUGCAUAUCCGGAAGAGAUCUAUGUGCCUGCAUACUAUAUGACCAAACAACACUGGACUACGACAUUGUUGUACGCGUUACAACGUUCUCGAGACUACAAGGCAACUGAUCCCCGUGACAAGGUAUUCUCUAUGCUUGGUCUGGUGGGAAAAUUCAUCAAAGACAAGCCUCGAUUAGCCCCUGCAUACGGUACUCAAAGUGUGACAACAACAUAUACCAAUGUUGCUAUCCAACUCUUGGAAGACGGUGAAGAUCUAUACAUCCUGUCGUGUGUUGAGGGGGAACUUUUCCAACGUGUCGGCAAGCUGCCAUCCUGGGUACCUGACUGGACCUGUGGAAAGUCUACAGGGCUGUUGAUUAUCGGUUAUAAGCGGUACUCUGCCGCUGGAACAAUCACGCAGCGACCAUAUAUUGAUUCUUCCGCACUCACCGUCAGUCUCAAGGGAGCCAAAAUCGAUGAGGUGACUUUGGUAGGCGAGGCCAAACACGAGGUGUUGGAUGGCCUGCCAUUUCUGGGAUGGCUUGAGAUUGUUGCAUCGCUUCCACAAUGGUAUCGUGAUAUCCCCGAAGAGGCUGGAGGCGAGUCUAGAUUGGAGGUGUUCUGGAGAACCCUUCUCCGAAACACUACAGGACGCCCGCCAAUACUGAUACCUACCCAAGAUCAGGGACUACAUCAUGCAUUUGAAACAUGGCUUCGGGAUAAAACAAGAGAUAGACCAAAGGGCAUGACGGACGCCAAGUGGGAAAGUAUGAGCAAGGCUCUGCUUGAAUUACUGGGGCCAGAUGACAUUGUGCCAAUAUCGGACUUGACCGAUACUAUUGGGUUUCACACAAGGUUGAGUUGGGCCAAACAUCUCAGACUUUUUCGAACGAGAACUGGAUACCUAGGCCUGGGAUCGGAAUGUGUGCAGGAAGGGGAUUCAGUAUGGAUAAUUCCAUCAUCCCGUGUACCACUCAUUUUGAGACCGGUCGAUAAUAUGGACAAGACGCGACAGCGCUACCGACUUGUUGGGGGCACCUACCUUCAUGGUGUCAUGCAUGGUGAGAUGGUUUGUCCCUGUUGUAGUGUACCAGGGCAAGGUGAUAUUGAGUCACGAUGGGAGACAAUACUGAUCGAGUGAUCGCACUGUGUAGGAGAUCCAGCGAGAGUUCUGUAAAUGCACAUAUUGUUCCUCUUUAGACUUCAAGGCUGGGGAGAGCCUCUGGGGUAGCGGACGAGAGAACAAAACCAGUUAUAUAUUUUGGGCAUUACAACUAUGUUGCUGUUCGCUCCUGAUACAGUUCGGUGGCCGGUGCAGAUGGCAUAUGCAUUGAUGUACAUAGCUAGUGUAGUUUAAUUGGUGAGGAGCAGGCGGUUCUUUAGAUGUCUGUGAUUGUCCAAAAAUGCCGCCAUUACGAAGGUCUUCUGGCCUUCAGCAGUUCUUGCAGUGGCCUCCAAUAGGGCAUCUGUAGGGAAGUGUC